CUCCACUCAUCUCGCAUCGCAGUUAGUGCCUGGUAGCGAUUCAGACGAGGGCGUAUGGACUCUGAAUGCAUUUCCAACAGACCCUGAUCGCACUUUUCUCAUCUCGCAGGGGCUAUCGUUGAGUUCGUAGCUCGACCAAACGCCAUCUCGCUUUUUCUCGCUGCGUUUCUCCUUCUGAAGGCCUGUCACGGAGUAAAGUGGCUCGGCGAGCGUGUGUUUAGACAGCGGCGAGUGAGCAGCAGCGUGUCCCCGAUGGCUGGCUGGAAGGACGGCUCAGUGCAGGAGAAAUAUCGCCUGGUGGUCGUCGGAGGUGGUGGUGUCGGGAAAUCAGCAUUAACCAUCCAGUUUAUCCAGUCAUACUUUGUCACUGACUAUGACCCCACGAUUGAAGACUCGUACACAAAGCAGUGUGUGAUCGACGAGAGGCCUGCGCGGCUGGACAUCCUGGAUACAGCAGGACAGGAAGAGUUUGGAGCCAUGAGAGAACAAUACAUGAGGACAGGGGAGGGCUUCCUUCUCGUCUUCUCUGUCACAGAUCGGGGAAGCUUUGAAGAAAUCUACAAGUUCCAAAGACAGAUCUUGAGAGUCAAGGACCGGGACGAGUUUCCCAUGAUCCUAGUGGGCAACAAAGCUGAUCUUGAGCAACAGAGACAAGUCACCCAAGAGGAAGGUCAGCAGCUAGCCCGACAACUCAAAGUUACAUACAUGGAGGCCUCUGCAAAGAUACGUAUGAAUGUAGACCAGGCUUUCCAUGAGCUGGUCAGAGUCAUAAGGAAGUUCCAAGAACAAGAGUGCCCACCCUCGCCGGAGCCCACGCGCAAAGAGAAGGAUAAGAGCGGCUGCCAUUGUGUGAUUGUCUAAUUGGCCUCUCACUGCCGCCACUCACCCAGCUGCUGUCACCAGUCCCCGCCCCCCACCCUGCCUUCUGACAUCACAUCCUGUGUGGAUGAACUCGCUGCCUUUCUACAUGUGCAUGUCUUCAAAUCAGCAGUCUCUUUCAUAGCCUUAUCAGGGGCAUUUUAGACCCUAGGACUUCACUACUAGAAGAACCAAACUGACAAAAUCUUGAUCAAACUCACCAUUCUACCUUCAACUAGAGUACCGACAUCAGUGUGACUUAUAGAAUAUGGUAAUCGUGCCCCAACACUAAACAUCGCUUCUUACAAAUUUGCUAUAUAAACACGAAACAAUUCUUUUUUUGUAUUAUGAAGGAUUUUUUUCUCUUACUUUGUGACAUUUGUACUUUUGCCGAGCUCAAAAGGAAAAACAACCUCGAUGGGAUCGUUGAUGAGUAAAGUCACAGAUCUUAUGAGUAAGAAGAAGCUUUGUGUGUGUGUGCCAUAUUUGUUUUUACUUCCACAAACUAAACAGCAGUUGUACAUAAAUGAAGAUCUGUGUCAGUUGAGACUGCCAUGAUAAAGAUUGAUGAGUUUUUUGGACAUGUAUUAAAACAAUAAUGUACUCGCAUAUAUGUACAUAGAUAGCCUUUAACAUAAUGCCAAUGUUACCCUUUGUCAGCAGUGAAAUCACUUUCAUAAUUUUUCAUGAGUUUUGCCAUGAUGCCGUUUUGAUCUCAUGAUCUUUUCAAUGUUCUUGUAAGGCUUCUUGGCAACAUUCAUUCUGUGAUCUCUGAUUGUGAUUUGUAUCAUACAUUUAGCCAGAUUGUUCAAGCUUUCUUGACUCCCAGCUCAGAUUUCUACAAACUAACUUCAGACUCAGGUUGCUGCAUUUACGCUGUUUUUACGUCAUUCUUACAACGGUUGCUCUCGCAGUUAUAGUGCACUGUAGGCUGUCUGUUCUGUGCUAAGUGCCCCACAAAAACAGAUGAUACGGAAAAGUAGACUCUGAAAUGAUUUUUCUUUUUCCUGGCCUUAUAUUUCAAUUCACUUGCACACUGAUUUUGUUUUGUAUCGGUUUUAAAAUGUAUUUAAAUGACUGUAACAGCAUGAGGACACUGAAUAACAGUUGACAUACAGACAUCUUUUAAGUAUUUUAUCUUAUGUAUGAAAAUGUGUCUUUUGGUUCUCAUGCAGUGAAUUAAUUUCAUUCAACAGAAUUACGCAAGACUGACAUCCACAUUCCCUCGACAGUGAUAUGUUUUAAUAUGAUUUGACUACAAAUGAGAAGUUGAUGCAUCUGUGACAUUCACACUUAAAUCCGAUAUUGCGUCAUGAAUCAUGUGACUCUAUACUUCAAGGGUUCAUAUCACUAUUGAGUUAUGUCACAACUUCAAUGUUUCAUCUUCCUUUUUCAAAGUGCAUUUCUGUGUGAGGGAUACAAAUAAACUAUUUUAGUUUUGUGUUUCAUCAUCAUGUUAUAUAAGAAAAACGAUGGAAGUGAUCUUUUGAAUGGACAUGAUUAAAUGUUUUUACUCUA